AAGUCAGAAACUGAACCUUUGUGCACGUAAAAUAACGUUUGCGGAUUUUUUAAUUUCUCUCAAUGAAAAGUCCACCAGAUUUGCACAAAAUGAGAAAUUAAAGCUGUUAGAGAUGGAUGGCGACGGAUCUACCACAGAUGACGAUUCAACAGAAGAUGAAGAAGACUCAAUAACAGCUGAUACUGAAUCAGGAAAAAAUGUAAACAACCCCAACGCUCAAACAAGAGGUCACAUCGAUGUUAAGGUUGAUGAGAGGAAUGGCAAUGGCGCAAACUGCUCAGCCUUGAAUGAUGAAGGGUUAUCGACAGCUACAUCAGAUUUUAAGUCCUUUACUACAGAGGACACUACAUUCUUUACUCACCUGAAAGGAAAUGAAGCUGAAGAAACCAUGAGAUUUAAGUAUGGCAACUAUGAAGCAGUUACCAAAAGUCCUCAACAGGAAAAGGCAGAUUUGAGAUCCAACAGAGAUCAUAUGCAAUCAAAGGCAAGGAGCAGAGGGAAAGGGAAAUUAAAUGUUUCUGUCCAGUAUAACAACAAAUCACUUGGUAGGAGGACUUCAGUGAACAAGAAAAACAGUUCCUCUGUCAUUCAGAAUGUAGAGGAGGAAUGCAAAAUAAUAAAACACAGCAGAAAUUCUGCUAAAUCACCAAGCUCAACAGCAAAUCCAGGAAAUACAAGUUUUGAGAAGGCUAAAUUGAAAAUCAGUGAGAGAAAUGAGUCAUAUGUGGAUAAUGAAAUGCUAGCAGAUGGUUUUGAUGAUCAAGACAUGAUAAGACCAUCUUUCACAGAGCCAGCCUUGGGUCCUUCAGUACCUUUUAUUUUGUCCAAACCUGGAGUUGUUCCAGUGAUUCAGAUUCCAGCAACAAUCAAUUCCUAUUUGCGGCAAUAUCAGAGAGAUGGAGUCAGCUUCUUGUUCCAACACUACUCUGAAAAUACUGGUGCCAUUCUUGGAGAUGACAUGGGUUUGGGUAAAACGGUUCAGGUUAUUUCCUUCAUUUCUGCCAUUUUGGGUAAAACUGGAACCAAAGUUGAUAUAUUCCGCAAAUUCAUGGAUAGAAUGGCGCAUGAAAAACAGGAAAAAGUCAACCCAGAGACAGGUACCUUUCUGGUUGUAAGUCCAGGCUCCGUCAUGUUCAACUGGAGGGAUGAGCUAGAAACAUGGGGUCAUUUUAAGACGGGUCUCUUUCAUGGUACCACUAGGGAGUCCACUUUAGAUAGGGCCUCUAGAGGGCGACUAGAUGUAGUUCUGACUACAUAUGAGACCAUGAGAAAUUACUUGACUGAUUUGAACCGACUCAAAUGGUUAGCUGUAAUCAUGGACGAAGUCCAUCGCCUCAAAGAUCCCAAGGCUCAAAUAACUGUGGCUGCUAAAGCUCUCAAUGUGAAAAGAAGAUAUGGCCUCACAGGGACCCCACUUCAGAAUAAACUGGAGGAGUUCUGGUGUGUGUUGGACUGGGCAAACCCAGGAAGUCUGGGAUCAGCCAAAAACUUCAAUCAGGAGUUUGGCAAACCCAUGCUGAAAGGACAGACUUUUGACGCAACUAAAAGAGAACUGGCAGUGGGAAGAAAGAGUGAGUUCUUCAAGUUUACACCUCAUAUUCUUGGCGGUGGCAACUUAGCCCGGAAGUAUUGUGGAAAUCUACUUAUUUGGCGAAUUUGCGAUAUUCAGUAUUUUGCGGGGAAAAAAUCCGUUUUGCGAGCAUCAAUUUUCUUUGUUACAACCAAAAAGUCUCCCCAGGAGUUUCACCGCUGCCCUUUUCAAUCUUAUCUUGUACUUAUUAUAUUUUACCAAGGAUCAAAAGAUCUUCAAGAUAGAAUUGGAAGAUGGUUUCUUCGAAGAACGAAAGCGCUCAUUGCAGAUCAGUUACCUAAAAAGGCUCAGCUCAGAGUUUGAGGACAUCAAGACCGCAACCAUGCGGUUCUUUCAACUGCUGUUAAAAGUUGCAAAUCACGCCGCUUUGUUGGCCCCAACCGUCAGACAAUCACUCGACCAGCAAGAAAAGGCCAAAGACCUUUGUUUGCGUGUAUUCGCAAGAUAUCCAGAAUUUUCCGGAUGCACAGAAAUAUCGUCGUUUGAACUUUUAUCAGACCCAAAGUACUGUGGAAAAAUGAAGGUACUUGAAAAAUUGAUGAAGGUUUUUCAAGAAGAACGCAGCAAACUACUUCUCUUCUCAAGAUCCACGCAGCUGCUUAACAUCUUAGAGGAGUUUGUAAUCAGUAAAGGACUGGUGUACAGUCGUUUGGACGGAGGAACCAAGCCUGCAGACAGAACCCGUUUGGUACACGAGUUUAACGUCGACCCAAAUAUCUUUUUGUGUCUUAUCUCGACUAAAGCGGGAGGACUGGGACUCAACUUCACCGGAGCUAAUAUUGUUAUAAUAUUUGACCCCAACUGGAAUCCGUCCAGUGACUUACAGGCACAGGACAGGGCAUAUCGCAUUGGACAGCGAAGAGAUGUGAAGGUCUAUCGCUUAAUAUCUUUGGGGACAAUCGAAGAAAUGAUGUAUCUUCGACAAGUUUACAAGCAGCAACUGGCUAGUAUGGCGGUUGGAGGAACAAACGAGAGGCGAUACUUUACAGGUGUUGAAGGUGACAAGGACAAGAAAGGCGAGCUGUUCGGACUCGAGAAUCUGUUCUCUUACCGUGCUGAAGGUGCCAGUUUGUCCAAAGAUAUCAUCAGAAGAACAGAGGAACUAGAAGCUGGAUAUAAAGUUGCAAAAUAUGAGUUGACAAACUUCAAGGAAUGGGAAAAUGCCUUAGAGGGGGAGGACAAUAACAGCUCUGCAAACCUGAAACUUCACGACGAUCCUUAUAACAUUGAAGAACUCGCGUCACAAUUUGUUGAUGAUCAGCAAAGAACGUCAUCUCGAAUCACUUCAAAGAAACAAUAUUCUGAGAACCGUUUUAAAGGUAUGUCAUUGAAGAAUAAACUCAUUGAAGACCAUAGCGGUUUUGCUAAACACUACGGGGAUUCCUUUAAAAGAAUGGAAAGUAAGGGUAUUCAUGAUGAUGAGAAAGGCAUUCUUCACGAAUUUGACAACAGUCAAUUGUGUUCAAAUUACAAUGACGAUUUUCUUGAAACGAAAACUCAUAAGAACAAGUUUGUCUCCAAAAAUACGAAAGCUAAGAGCUCUCUGGAAAAAAUUGAAACGAGGUUCGUAUCUGUUGAGCUGUUCCUCGGAUUAGAAGACGAUAACGGAGCAAAUAGCUCAUCGCAUAACUUCACGAAAGUCAAAGAAAAAGCAAGCGUUUCCUGCACGAGAAUUCCUACUUCGAUCGAGAAAGAAAGUUCCGAUGUUAUCCAUCCUACUCUGAGUUGUAAACGUGGAUCUAAAUCGAUAAUAACCAAUACAAUCUGUGCGGGAGAUUCAGUCGACCAAGGAUCAUGUAGUAAAGAGAAGAAACAAAGUGAGAUGAGGAAUUCAUCCAGAACGUCUUCGUCAAGUGGAGAAGAUGACUCCAACGAAGGCUUGUUCUUCAAGCGUAAACGAAAACAAUCAGUACGAUUUUUCAGAAAGAGGAAGCAUGCAGAGAUGUCGGCGAAAGCAGUACUUAAAGAUGGUCAAGGGAAAUUUCGAAGAUAUACAGGACAGAAAAACUACAACAGCAGGGUCGACAACAAUCCUGUAAGAGAGGUAAAAAAAGCAAGGAAAGAAAACACGGUGGCAGAAAUUCUGGAAUCAUGUGGAGUGCAUUACACACACGCCAAUCGGCAUGUCGUCGGACCAAGUGAAGCAGAGAAUCACAUGUCAAAACAGGCACUACAAGAUGUGUUUGAGCUCAAGCAGUUUUCUCAGCAGCCAGCAAAUUGUUUUCCCGCCUGGGAGGCCAGCGAUGAAAGUGAUGAUCUUGGUGAGGGCAGUCGCGACAAGCAACCAGAAGCCCUUUGGCGCGCACAACGACCGGAAAUGGAGACUAAUCAACCCAGUCAAUCAAUACCGCACAGAUUAAAUCAAUCCGCGCAGGACAAUGACACCACGAUGAAGAGAAUUGGAAACAGCACUGUAUUUAUCGGCUCGACUCCUCGUGGAAUCCGUCGGCAACAUUUUCAGGAAAUGUCGAACGCGUUCGGAUUUGUCUCUGAAGUCGACCUUGCCAAAGCUGUCGUGGAUUGCAGUAACUGUGAAAGGCGUGAAAUGUUGAGGCGCUUUUACGUCCACAAGAAUCCAAAUUUAUCCGAUCUAUGGGACGUAACAAGAGACUUUUUUGCUGGACGCCAAAACCGAAAAAAGGCCGUUAAGGAUGGCGAAUGGUCUGUCGCGAAGAUGCGGAAAAGGUUGAUUCGUGAAACGUCCAAAAGAUCGAAUGGGAAGUCAAAGCCCCUGCAAACACAUUUUCAUGGUAAGGACGGGUGUUCUAAGGAUAAUCUCGAGAGAAGAAUUCACCAUCACUCUGGGGGGGAAACUUCCCGAAGUAAAAAGCCAAAACUUGCUAUGGCGUUGAGUGGGAAUGAAAAAGUCCCUGAUGAGAGUCGUCUUGAAGACUUUGUAGGGAACAAAGAAAGAACUCAUCAUGUUGAUCGGAGAAACAGAGACGUGCCUCCUGCAGGGGCAGGUCAUUCUGUUGGACUUGCGCAUGUACCAUCGAUAGCAACAGCUCCUGAUGAAAAUUAUGUGGCAGAGAACCAAGAUUCUAGUUUUGAGAAUGACAAUCCCCUCGUUGCAGUUUCCAUUUUGGAUCAAUUUCUGAUGCACAACUCUUCCAGCUUUGACACAAAACGAAAAGAGGAUAAUAACAGAGGAUUAAAUAAGUGUGAGCCAUUAAGUUCUAAAAGAAAGGAAGACAAACAACUGGACAAUACUGAACGAAAAGAGCCAACUGCAUGUAGAACGAAGGCAAAUAGCACAUCACUACUAGAUGAGUUCAUUUAGGAAAUGCUCAAAGUGGAAUUUUACACCAGAUUUGAUGAUUUGAUAAACGACUAAUAGGUUUCGAUCAAGGGUUUUUCGAGUUUUAGAGGUUUUUAUGAGAGGCCAAGGUGGAACUGGCUGUGAAUAUUUUUUACGGAAACGAUACGAUUUUAUGGUUUGACCCAUUGUGCCAAUGGUUUUUUAAGCAUACAAUAAAGACAAUUUUUAAAAAA